UUGACAGAUGACACAUAUUUUCUUGGUAUAAUAAUCAAUAUUUCCUCAUGGUUUUUUCGCAUACAUUUUGAUAAUUGUAGUUUAAGUUAAAAACUGUGUAUGUGUUGAAUGAAAAUGAGAUGGAUGCCACAACUUUGGCUUUGUCAAAGUUAUAUUUUAAUUUACAUAUUAUGGGGUGUGUUAGCCGAGUUAGGUAACCCCUACAAUAUUCUUGGGGUGAAUAGGAAAGCUUCUCAACAAGAAAUAAGAAAAGCAUAUAAACAACUCGCCAAAGAAUGGCAUCCUGAUAAAACAAGUGAUGAAAAUGCUCCCGAACGUUUUGUAGAAAUUAGUCAAGCAUAUGAACUGCUCUCAGAUCCUGAAAGGAGGAAAAGAUAUGAUGAUAAAGGAAUUACUGAAGAUGAUUUUUAUAAUAAACCUGAACAUCCCCCUUUCCACACUGGCAACCCAUUUGAAGAUCUCUUUGCUAACCAUGGAGCACAUUUCAAUUUUCAAGAAAAUGAUAUAACCUUUUUUCAUAAGUUAUCAGUUACUACAAGGCAAUAUGAUAAACUUAUUGUACCAAAAAGUGAGAAAAUGCCUCAUUUGAUAUUUUUUUACACUGAUUGGUGUUUUCCGUGUCUACAAACUGCUCCAUACUGCCGUAAACUAAUAGAUUACCUGGAACCGCUGGGGGUAAAUUUUAUAACUGUACACUCAGGAAGGGAGCCAAAUUUAGGCAGAAGGCUUAGUAUUCAUACAAUACCAUGUUUAGUACUUUUAUUGGAUGGAAAUGUAUAUGUUUACAAAGAAACUAUUACAAGUGUUCAAAAAAUUAUAGAGUUCAUUAGAAAUAAAUUACCAUACAAAUUGGUAUCAAGAAUUAAUAUAGGUGAUGAAGAUAAUUUCUUAAAUGGAUGGGAAGAUAAUAGAGUAAGAGCUCUAAUUUUUGAACCUCGAGAAAAUGUUAGAUUACGCUAUCUAGUCGCUGCCUACCAUUUCCGUCAUAGAGUUGCUUUUGGUUUUGUAGAUUCCGAUGAAAUUCGUGAUAGAUAUCAAGUACCUCAUGACAUGGAUAGUGUUUUGUUGUUUAAUGAAAAUACCUCUUCUCCAAUGGCUAGCGUUACAAUGAAGGAUAUACCAACAUCGACAUUACAUCACAUAAUAUCAUCAAAUCAAUAUCUCGCACUUCCUCGGUUAUCAUCACAGACAGUUUUGGAGUCUCUGUGCCCAUGCGAAUGGAAUAAACCAAAGAAAAAAUUAUGUGUAGUUCUUGUUACUGAAGCAUCUCGCAGCCAUGACAUUCACAGGCAGUUGUUUAGAUUAUAUGCUCAGAAUUCACCAUAUAGAUCUGAAAAAGUGAGAUUUGCAUAUAUUUACCAUGAUAAACAGACUGAAUUUGUUAACUCGUUAAUUCCAGAAGGAGAACUGAUCGAACCGUUACUUAGAAUAGUAAUAUUGUGGAGGAAAGAUACUUCUCACGUAAAGUAUGAGUGGCUUAGUUCUAAGUGGGAAAUUGAGAAUAACUUGAAUGAUACUACUUCAUUACUAGAGAAUACAAUAAGUCGACUUUUGAGAUCCAGUGAAAAAUUAACAUAUGAGGCAUUGGUCAAGGACUUAUUUGAUGAACAUGCAAAAGGCAUGUUUGGACAAGUCUUUACCAAAGUUAUGAACUUUGCUGAAGCAACUUAUGAUGGACUUAGUAAAGAUCAAAUUUUACCUGCAGUUUCUGUCCUGGGGACAAUAUUGUUCAUAUUAGCUAUUGGUUAUUUUAUGGCUUAUCUUGUACGUCUAGAAGAAGAGAAUAUUCAAAAACAGAAAGCCAAAGCUAAAUCGGGCAAUAAUAAUAAUGAUACUUUAAAGUCUAGUUAUCAACCCGAAUUGCGUUUACACGAAUUGAGAUCUGAAACAUACAAUGCAUUGGUAAGGUUACUUAAACCUGGAUGCCGAACAAUUGUUUUAAUUCUCGAUAUGCAAUCGAGGCAGCAAUUAAUUCCUCCAUUCCAUAAAGCUGUUUGGCCAUAUCGAAGGAACAAAACUUUAAUGUUUUCUUUUAUGUACAUUGAACGGAGCAUUGGUUGGUACAAGGAACUUCUACAGUUAUCGCUACCGGAGGAAAGAGAAUUGAAUAUAAAUCCGCGGAAUUGUGUUGGAACAGUAUUAGCGCUUAAUGGGCACAGGAAAUAUUUCUGUAUGUUUCACGCUAAGCAUAUGGAAAAAAAGAGAAAGGGUGCUAAUAAAUUGAAGAAUCCCGAAGAUAAAGACUGUGAAAGUGGAGCUUUUAUUGGUUUUAAUUCUGACAGCUCAGAAUCCGAUGAGGACAUAUUGCUACAAGGAACCUUAUUAGAUGGGUUACCCAAUUGGUUGGAUCGAUUAUUUGAGGGAUCCACACAACGUUACCAUAUUAAUUAUUGGCCAGAGUUUCCAAUUAAAUAACCUCAUAAAUAUAUUUAUUUGAC